AUGCGAGUGGUCCCAGUCUUUUUGGUUUUCUUGUCUCUCUUCUGUAUUUUUGGAUCAGAGAGUGCAGCAUCUAAUGCUGAAGAAAACCAGUUUCAGCAGGUUAAGGCUGUUCAGCCAGCUGAGCAAGACACAUACCUCAUAGGAGAAUGCUUAAGCAACAAAUACACACACAAGUCCUGUGACAAAGUUUUUUGUCACCCAUGGGAACGAUGUGUGGAGGGAAAAUGCCUUUGCAAGCUUCCCUACCAGUGCCCGAAGAACGGCUCUUCAGUUUGUUCUACCAAUGGAAGGUACUUCCAUACUUACUGUCACCUAAAGACCUACGAGUGUGUACGUCCCGAAGCAAAGUUUCUGCACAAGGGAAAAUGCAUGUCUGAAGAAACAUUUUCAAUCUCUGUGGGCCACGAAGAUUCAAGUUUGCUUCGAGUAAAACCUGUGAAUCAAAAGAAUGACAUGUUUGUAUGUGAUAGUGGAUGGACCAUGAAUGAAGCAAAUGUGGCUUGUAAGCACCUUGGCUUUGAAUUAGGUGCUGAAUAUUACGAAGCCAAUUACCAAGCCAAUUCCACAGAAUCUGCCUUAAAUUCAUUGCACUGUCUGCAAAUAACUUGCAGGGGCCUAGAGACAAGUCUUGCUGAAUGUCGCAUAGAGAUGAAAUCAAGAGAGAGUAAUGAGGGAUUUGUUAGCCUCCAGUGCCAUGAAAAUCUCAGAGCGUGUUCAGCUGGCGAGUUUCAGUGUGUCAACAAGAAGUGCAUUUCUCUGAAGAAAACCUGUGAUGGAAUCAACGACUGUGGAGACCUAAGUGAUGAACUGUGCUGUAGAGAGUGCAGAGACAACAGUUUCCACUGUCGGUCAAAUAUCUGUAUUCCAAAUAAGAAUGUCUGUAACAAAGAAAUUGACUGCCUCACAGGAGAGGAUGAAGCUCAAGUUCUCUGUGCAGGAAAAGAUACAAGUGCUGAAAAUCUCAGUAUGGAUGAAGAAAGAAAAAUGAUAAAGACACUUCUUCCCCAAGUACACUGCGGUCUUACAAAUCACACAUUAACUCGACGGAAAAGAAUCAUAGGCGGAGAGACUGCAAGAAAGGGUGAAUUCCCUUGGCAACUGGCAAUUACAGAAACUGACAGUGAAGGUGAAACACUGAUCUGUGGAGGGGUUUAUAUUGGUGGCUGUUGGGUUCUGACUGCUGCACACUGUGUCAGGGCAAAUCGAGUUCAUCUGUACCGUGUCUGGGCUGGAAUGGUCAAUAGAAUCGUGUACGACAACGAGACAGUAACUUUCAAACUAAAACGACUGAUAAUCCAUGAAAAUUAUAAUGUGUCAACUUAUGAAAAUGACAUUGCUCUGCUGGAGCUGAGAGGUUCUGGGAAAACAGGCUGCUCCCUAGAGAGCACACCUGCCUGUAUCCCCUGGUCAGAGUACAUGUUCAAGGCUGGUGACAGAUGCAAGGUUUCUGGAUGGGGACUAGAGAAAGGUUAUGUCAAACAAUUUAUCCUCAAGUGGGGCAAUGUUAAUUUAUUUCAGAAUUGUUCUGAAUUGUAUCCAGGACGAUUUUUUAAACAAAUGGCAUGUGCAGGUACUUAUGAUGGCUCCAUAGACAGUUGCAAAGGUGAUUCAGGAGGACCCUUGGUCUGUUUUGAUGCAGAAAAUGUGGCGUAUGUCUGGGGUAUCGUGAGUUGGGGCGAGAACUGCGGGGAGGCUGGUCACCCUGGCGUGUAUACAAAAGUGGCCAGCUAUUACAAUUGGAUUAGUCAUCACGUGACAAGGAGUCUCAUUUCACGGCAUAAUAUCUGA